CGAAGUUAAAGUUGUUCCGUGCACACUGCACAACCAGGAUGUCCGAAGAAUCGGGUUUGAGCGCCAUUCUCGAAGAAAUUCUCCAGGCGCACUUAUCAUCACCAAAUGACUCGCAGGGGUACCUAUGCUAUGCGUAUCACAAAAUGGAAUUGGGGAAACAAGACACUGAAGAAUGCAAAGCGUGACAUCGAACCCUUGGUCAAGGCAGUAUUGCUCGAACUACGAAAAGCAAGGCAAUACAGAACCGUGUUCUUGGCGGACUCCAUCAUCGCUGGCCUCAGAAAGCAACUCGAGCAUAUUCUCGUUCAAAUGAUGAAACCGAACUUUCACUUUUGACUUGAUGACAAAUUUGCGACGAGCACAAUGCGACAGUGGUGGGACGACAUAGAGAUUCCCAAGGGUGUCACUCUCAUUACGUCUGCUAACAUAGACGAAGCCUUCAAGUCGAAGCUGCAACAGAUUCAGCUAGAGCAACGGGAUCAGGAUGCGAUAAAAGAGCUUGUCACAUACGUCAAACAUAUGGCUUGUGCCCAAGCAACAACUGAAAAGGAUAGCGCGUUGAAUUCGGAGGUCGCCAAGACGUUGAAUGCCCUUGUACAUGCUCUCAAAUCCAACAGCACUCGUCUCCAUAACUGUAGCAUAGCAAUGGAUCCAGAUUUGUCUUGUGAUGUAAGGGUGGCCGUUCAAUUCAAGAUUCCCAACACAAGGGACCAGAUUCAUGCAACCACUCUAGAGCCCCAGAUUUCUGGCCCUUCCUCAAAACGUCACCGAUCAACCACCGUCUCUGAAUCGCCUGGCGCAAUGAAGAAAAGGGCUCGCAGCUCUCCCUUGACUAUUUCUGACGAGGAUCUCGUUGGUUGACUCUUAUGCCAUUCUUCAUGUGUUUGUCAGAGUUUCUCUGCAUGCUUUUGUAUAACUCAUCACUAAACUUUUUAAUUCAAUCACGUAUCAUACUUCGUAGUUGAUAAUUUCAUGAUCAUGCGGAA